AUGCACCCACCUCAGGAAUAUAGUGCUAUUUCUUAUGAACGUGCAUUUAUGGAGGCAAUAAAUUGGGAACCAGAGAAGGAAGAUGAUUUAUAUACACCCAAUAAUGAAUGUUCUGCAAAGAAAUGGUUGGAAAUAAAACAGGAUUCACAAGUGAUGUUAAUCAAGAAUUUGAAUAGAUCAUUAGUAAGAUGUAAAACUUUUGCAUUUUUAUAG